GCCGUUACAUGUAAUCCGUUACUUCCCAACCCUGCCGACACCACAUGAAUGCACCAUAAAGCAUUCAAUUAUUUUACUUUAAUUUCAGGUAAAGGAACAUGGCCUCCGCUGGUUUUCUGCUCUUAACGCUCGCUGUCCUCAACAGUAUAGGAAGUUCACAGGGUUAUGCCUUUGUGGAAAUUCACUGCAAGACUCAAAACAUCGGACAGUAUGAGCAGGAGUCACGACUUGACUGUGUAAUCCACUACUCUGAAAGAGACGUAGUAGACGUAGAAGAUCCUGAAAUCAUGGUGGUAAUUUGGAGGAAAGAGGGGGUUGAAGAACCUGUACUUAAAUACAACCAUGGAAAACUAACAUCGUUGCCUGGAUAUUCAUUUGCUGAACCGUCCUGGAACAACAAGAACGUGAACGUAUCCCUGCUCAUUCACAAAACUGCUGUUAAGGACGAGGGAGUUUAUACAUGUUAUGUGUUCACAAACAGUGGUUUUAACAAGAACCAAACCAGACUGAGCGUCACAGCCAAAUACGGAGUGCCAACUAUUCAGCCUCAACCUCAGGACAUUGAUCUCAACACCGACGGUUCCCUGACAUGCAAGUCCACCGGCUACCCAAAAGGCCGACUCAGCUGGUUUGACAAAGACGAUAAUGCUUUGUUAGAGCAACCCGAGGUGGAGGUGCUGAAGACAGAGAAUGGUCUGUUUCUCCUCUCAAGCACGCUGAAAAUACAGGGAGGAUCCGCCUUCUCCCAGUACACCUGCAAAGUGUUCAACGCCAGAGGAGACGAAGAGGUGGAGAAAUCUUUCAACAGUGCAGGAAGUUCACAGAGUGAAGCCUUUGUGAAAAUUCACUGCAAGACUCAAAACAUCGGACAGUAUGAGCAGGAGUCACGACUUGACUGUGUAAUCCACUACCUUGAAGAGGUAGAAGAUCCUGAAAUCUUGGUGGUAAUUUGGAGUAGAGAGGGGGUUGAAGAACCCAUACUUAAAUAUGAAAAUGGAAAACUAACAUCGUUGCCUGGAUAUUUAUUUGCUGAACCGUCCUGGAACAACAAGAACGUGAACGUAUCCCUGCUCAUUCACAAAACUGCUGUUAAGGACGAGGGAGUUUAUACAUGUUAUGUGUUCACAGACAGUGGUUAUAACAUCAACCACACCAGACUGAACGUCACAGGUGAGCUCUAAGAUAAAACUUUGUCU